AUGGCAAACAACGAUACAGAACUAUCGUUAUUUCAACGACUCUCGAAACGAGAGAAUGUAUUUAUUUCAAGUGAUGAACUUGAUGUUAUUAAUACUCGAUUUGGAGUAUAUCAAGCUGGCUCAACGGACAACGAUAUGAAAACAUUUGGUUCUAAACUUUUGUGUCAAGGCUACGAUGUCAUGAAGAAUGUUUCUCGUACAACUGGAUCUUCGUCGUACUUUGUUAAACGUGGCUCCAUCAAUAUCUUUGGGGCAUCAACAGGAAGCAUGUUGUCAUCUGUAUGUCGACAAUACAACACUAAUGUUCAAUCCGACGGCACCAUUAGCCGGUAUUUAUUCAUCACAACAUCUGUGUACAAAACUUCAAACGAUCUACCAUCUGAAAUUCUGUCUGUACAACCAAAUAUCGUACACGUUUUAAUUGUACUUCGCCUAUUGGCAGAACACAAGCCGAUGUUUGUAUUUGCUCAACAUCAAUCUCCAAUUAGUUCACCACAGCCAAUUAUUGUUCCACCGGAUAUAGAAGAAGCACGAAAAGAUGUCGUAAAUCCAAUUCCAACAACGGAACCGAUAUCGAAUAUAAAGCCGAGUGUAAUUGUUGGCGUUAAAGAAGUUGACGUCGAACAAGAUGGAUCGGUAAUAUCUCCUUACAAUGCCGUUCGUCGUAUUAUUGAAGCUGAACAUCAGAAAUCAUUGCAAUGCGAUACCAAGGGCAAUCCGAUUUAUACACCUUUACAACGAGCAUUUCAACGAAAGAGCAGCAAUAAAUUGGCCCGUUUAGCUGGAUUGUGUCAAGCGAUGUCAUAUGCCAUUCAAUUAUGUUUUGAAUGCAUUAACAUAGUUCGAUUUGGUGAUGGACUUUAUCUCAAGGAAUAUAUCGACGACGAGCAAACCAGCUGGCUGAUGAAAUUUCAUGAUACUGUCAAAGUACUGAUCGAACGAGACGUUGCAGUGGCUCCAAAAUUUGGAAGUGAUCAACGUCCUUUAUUUGUCAUUGAAAAACCAGCCGUACAUGCUUCAAAUAUGCUUUACCAAUAUACUUCAUCGACAAUUUCGGCUCUUUUCGACGGAACAUCAAUGAAUAGCAAUGAAACAUCGAGCAAUGACAAUAAUAUUUCGAUUGCUGGUGAUUUGUCAGCAGAUGCUUUUUACGAACAUCAAUGCAUAUUACUGAAAAUGACGUCACCAAUUCUUAUUAAGGCUUGGUUCAGCAAUGACAUAACCGGUCUUCCGUUCACCAAAAUAUUUAGCAGUUAUCGAAAAUCCAAAAACAAAAUGUCCAAACUUAGUCGAGCUGUUGACGAAUUAGUUCAAAAUGAUAUUCUGCGAAAAGGCUUACAGAAUACUCGACAUAUUGUUGCCGCACGAAAAGAAACUUAUCUAAAAGCAUCGCCAACUACUAUUCGUGGCAAUGCCGACAUGCUCAACUAUCUGCUGUCAAUUGGUAUCGACAUCGAUACGUAUGAACAUACAUAUCUCUCGUCGCCGUUACCAAUGCACAUGGAGUUAACUACAUUUGCUGUUAAUUCAAUUCUAUUCAACGACGAUUAUAUUCAAUAUUGUCAUUUAUUCAAUGAUGCUCGUAUCGAAAAAGAAAUGGAAGACCGAUUAUCAAAAGAAGUGGUGCAAUACAGAAUGUCAUUAGGUCGAAAGCAAUACUAUGUGCCAUCGAUGUCUCAAACUGCUGAACGUGAUAAUUUCAAUGUUGAAAACAGCCAACCGUAUGAUGCUGAUCAAACACCAACUGACAAUAACGAUGGCAACGACGAUAAUAAUGGUGAUGGCGUAUUGGCGGCUUUAAUUUUCGAAUCACAUCGACCAACUAAUAAUUCAUCGCCAAUCACGACUUCAGCUCGCUCUGAAAACUCCUCUGUCUUAACUGAAAUUUUGAACACAAACUUUACUACUGCACCACAAUACAACAACUUUAUCGAUCAAAUAACUGGACCUGAUAGUCAACUUCAAAACGAAAUUUUACCAUCAGUUGAUGAUAUUAUGAGUCGACUAACAAACAUGCUUGAUUAUGACCCACUCAAUAUCGAACAGUCAAAUCCAAUAUCAAUUACAACGGAAAAGAUUCCUGAUGAUCGAGUGUCUUUUUAUCAAAAUAAAUCAAAAGCAAUCACUUGUGAACAGAACCAAUAUCGGUCGGUAUUGUCCAAUAUCGAGACAUUAUCGGCUAGUGUUAUCAAUAACAGUGACACUCUUUUACCUGGUGAACCGGCAUCAAAUGAUACGGCCAUAUUGUUGGAUAAUAUGAGUUCUCAACAAACAUUGGAAUUACUUUCCAAUUUACUUCAAAAUAAAAAACAUUUAGUAAAGAGAAUAUUGGACGAAGAAAACGAUGAUGCUUCCCCGAAGCGAUCGAGAAAUAAUGGAAGCGAAGAAAUCGCAGCACCAUUCACCGAUAUGCAUUUAAGUGGAACACUUUCAUCGGCAUCUGUUCCGACGGAAUCAAACACUACCGACGACGGUGGUCAAGUUCGCGAUGAAGAUAUUCAAGAGGCCUAUCAAAAAAUAAUUCUAAAUGAUGCUAUUGUUAUGUCACGAUCGGAUGUUUGCAGCAAACUUAAGCACAUCAAAAACAUUAACAAAUCUCGUGAUCAAAUCAUUGCAAACUUAGUUACUGAUGGAUUAUUAAUCAAAGGCAAUUGGUUUGCCAGCAAGAAAGUAAAUGGUAAUAUCGAGCUUCUGCCGGGCUUUUUAAAGGCAUUGCCGAAAAAUAAUCCACAAGAUCAACUUGAUUUUGGUCGCUUGUUGGCAAAAUAUAAGGUACAUUAUAAAGAUUAUGAAGAAUCAUUCAAGAAAAACGAGACCGAUGAUUUUCCUCGUAUACUUACUGCUGCUGAUGUCAAACAUAAAACAUGGUUGUUUUCAAAUGUGUUGGUCGAUUUUAUCGGGAAGAAUGGCUUUCUUAACGAGCGUAUAACACUUGAUCCAUCGGCAGUCAUUCAAGAGAAAAACACUCCACCUGUGAGAACCAAACGCGAUCGGAAACCAAAACAACGCUAUUCGCCAUAA